AUGAAUAGCCAUCUCAUGAAGGAUAUCUAUGAGCAAUUCAAGAUCACUCAUAGAAACUUGACAGCCUACCAGCCACAAAUGAACGGAGCCGUAGAAGCAGCCAACAAGAAUAUCAAGAGGAUAUUGAGGAAAAAGACUGAUAGCUAUAAAGGUUGGCAUGAGUAUUUGCCUUAUGCUUUACUGGGAUACCAUACUAUGGCUAGAACUUCAACAGGAGUAACUCCAUAUUUGUUAGUCUCUGGUAGUGAAGCAGUCAUACCUGCCGAAGGCGAGAUACCUUCUUUGAGAAUCAUUCAAGAAGCAGAACUGGACAAUGCUGAAUGGGUCCGAGCUCGAUAUGAGAAAUUGGCUUUAAUCGACAAGAAAAGGAAGGUUUCCAUAUGUCACGGUUAA